AUGCUGUCAAAGUGAUAAAAAUCUUGAACCGCUUUGUUUAUUUACAUGCAUUUUGGCUGACCCGCAGUAUAGUGCAUAAAAAAUUCGAUUAUUUUUACAGUAUUUUCCAAUGGCUGCGGGAUGUAGCAAAUCAUUUACAUCCAAGUACGAGGAAGAACUUUAUUAUGAUGUAGAAUACGAAGAUUUUUGCAAGAAUUUCGAGUUUUCGAACUCUUCUUCCUGCUGGAUCUGCAAUGGCUAUUACGGAGCAAGUUACGGUGAGCCGCUGUGCGGCACCUGUCACGCGUUUAUUUUUCCAAAUCAUUCGAACGAAGAAGCCGAAGGGCUUGUUACGGAAUUCUCCGACGAUGAAGAUUCCGGCAAUGACGAACCACCUGAAAAUGGAUCGGAAGCGAAAGACCGUCCCGAUGAUGACGAUUCCGAUUAUGAUCUAGAAAGACCACGUCCUUCCGCUCCCAGGAAUUUGAAUCAGUAUUUAGAUAUGCUUUCGCAACCACGUGAUUCGGACGAGUCCCAGCAAAAGAUUUGUUCAUUACCGGUGGAAGUGCUCUUGUCAAUAUUUUCCUAUUUAGACGAUCUGUCUCUCUGGAACGUGAGCGAGGUUUGUAAGCAAUGGAAACGAAUACUAGAGGUGCACACUCCACAGCAAAUGUGGAGAAAGUACACCAAAGAACGAUGGCCACUGUUUCAACAGAUUUCAACCAUUCCAAAUUGGUUGCAUAUGUAUGGCGCUUUAAUGAAUUCCUGUUUCUGCCGAACAUGUUUAAUACAGAUGGCACUGAAAACGCCUAUGCGCGGAAGAGUAAAUCACAUACGAGCAAAUCGACUACGAAGCGAUAUUCGAUCGUUGGAUUUAGAUGCAACUGAAGGAAUCGAUGCAGUUGCUCUCGAUAAUCAACUGUUCCACUGGCAAGCGUCUAUCCUCGGUCCAGCUGGUAGUCCUUAUGAGGGUGGAAAGUUUUUCCUCUAUAUUGUGAUUCCUUGCUCGUACCCGAUGCUUCCGCCACAGGUAAGGUUCCUAACAAAAAUUGUACAUCCUAAUGUAUCCCGUCAUGGAGAUGUGGGAAUCGACAUCAUUCAACACAAUUGGUCAUUGGCUCUGACCAUAUCAAAGUUGCUGCUUUCAGUGCAAAGUUUAUUAACUGACCCGUUCACUCAGAUAUGCAUGGAACCAGAAAUCGGUCGAAUGUACGAAAACAACCGACCGAAAUUUGAAGCUCUUGCUCGGCGAUGGACAUGGAAAUAUGCAAUGUAUGAAGUAUUACCACCGCUGGAAGGAUUGUUCUAAUAACAUCUGAUACGAACUAAUACGAAUUUGUAGUGAUUAGGUCCUCUGGUAAUUAGAACUAUAUACUACUACUCCAUGCCAGACUAGAUGCUAUAGUUCAAUCUAAGGUAGCAGUUCCUUUCGCACUCUUGAUAUUUUUCAAAUCCCGUAUUCUAUAGGAAAUUUUCUGAGCAUAAAAAAUAUGCUUUUUAUUCAAAGGAAAUCGGAUUACGAGAUAUUUUCCCUUGGAUGUAUUUCUAUGAGAGACUUUCACAUCCUAUAGUAUAUUUAAGAGAUGCUCUCUCAAAAACAUAAAAUGGAAAAAUAAAAACAAUUUCCACUCUCUGAAUAGCUUCUACUGUAUGCCAUUCUAAAUGAAGUUUAUCAAAAAUAAUUUAAUACCAUCUUGGUCACGCUGGCUAAAAAUCGAUCGACAAAAAAAUACGAAAACUAACUGGAACAAACCCCCAAACAAAACUAUUAUUGCACAAGAACUGUAAGGAUGUUUAUAUUUUAGGAUUAAAAGAUUCCAUGUAUUAUAUAGAACUGCUUCUUCAAAGGAACUAAUAAAUAGUCAUAUAUUCUCAUAGAGUAAUAAAAUGUAUCAAUCUAAUAUUUUAUAAUUGUAUAACACGAUCUUCUGAUGCAAGUAAACCAUGAUAUAUAAUCGAUAGUCUCUCGCUUCAACCAAUAAGCAGUCUAACAAUGCGUUUGUUAGGCUUGCGAUAUCGUUUCUUACUUUUCCUAAUAAGUGAUAUUAUUUUAAAAUAUUUUGAAGCAGUGCAUGUUGAAGCAUGUGUCGUUCAGAUACGAAUUCGGGAUAAAUUUAUUUCUAGUCUUUCUGGAGAUUCCAAAUUUUAUAAUUUAUAGAGGCUCAAGGAAAACUGCCCUCUCGAAAAAAAAACUAUACUAAAUUGAAAUGUGCUCUUUGAUACAACUGUAAUAGAAGUCAAUAGAAACCCUAUCAAUGUGACUGAAUAAAUUAUUGGA